AUGGGCAGCGGCGGCGUGAUCCACUGUAGGUGUGCCAAGUGCUUCUGUUAUCCUCCAAAGCGAAGAAUAAGAAAGAGACCCCAAAACCUAACCAUCCUGAGUCUCCCCGAAGAUGUGCUCUUUCACAUCCUCAAGUGGCUUCCUGUUGGGGACAUCAUUGCUGUCCGAGCUGUGCACUCCCACCUGAAGUACCUGGUGGACAACCAUGCCAGCGUGUGGGCCUCUGCCAGCUUCCAGGAGCUGUGGCCUUCUCCAAAGAACCUCGAGCUGUUUGAAAGGGCUGCUGAAAAGGGAAAUUUUGAAGCUGCUGUGAAGCUGGGCAUAGCCUACCUCUACAAUGAAGGCCUGUCCGUGUCUGACGAGGCCCGCGCGGAAGUGAACGGGCUGAAGGCCUCACGCUUCUUCAGCCUGGCCGAGCGCCUGAACGUGGGCGGCACACCCUUCAUCUGGCUUUUCAUCCGCCCGCCCUGGUCGGCCUCUGGGAGCUGCUGCAAGGCUGUGGUUCACGGGAGCCUCCGCGCCGAGCGCCAGCUGCAGAGGGGUCAUCGCGCAGCCAUCCUGCACUGUCUCGGGAGGGUGCUGAGCCUCUUCGAGGAUGAAGAGAAGCAGCAGCAGGCCCUUGCCCUGUUUGCGGAGUCCGCCAGCCAGGGCUGCCUGCCCAGCGCGUACCUGCUCUGGGAGCGUGACCAGAGGACAGAGAUGUCCGAUCCUGGAAGGUGCCUCCAGAGCUUCCGGAAACUCAGGGACUACGCUGCCAAAGGCUGCUGGGAGGCACAGCUGUCCUUGGCCAAAGCCUGUGCAAACGGGAGCCAGCUCAGCCUAGAGGAGAGGGCUUGCCGCGAGAUCGUCUGCCAGCUCUUCCAGGCUUCCCGCGCCAUCAGUAAGCAGCAGAUCUUUUCUGUGCAGAAGGGGCUCAAUGACACAAUGAGGUACAUUUUGAUCGACUGGCUGGUGGAGGUCGCCACCAUGAAGGACUUCACAAGCCUGUGCCUUCACCUGACCGUGGAGUGCGUGGACCGUUACCUACGGCGCAGGCCGGUGCCCCGGCACCAGCUCCAGCUGCUGGGCAUUGCCUGCAUGGUCAUCUGCACCCGGUUCAUCAGCAAGGAGAUCCUGACGAUCCGAGAGGCCGUGUGGCUCACCGACAACACCUACAAGUAUGAAGACCUGGUGAGGAGCAUGGGCGAGAUCAUGGCCACCCUGGAGGGGAAGAUCCGGAUCCCCACCAUUGUCGACUACAAAGAUGUCCUGAUGGCGCUGGUCCCCGUGGCACGCAGGACCCAGCACCUGUGCAGCCUGCUGUGUGAGCUUGCCCUGCUGCACACUGGCCUCUCCGCCUACGCCCCUGCCCGCCUGGCGGCCGCCGCCCUACUCCUGGCCAGGCUGACACACGGGCAGACACAGGCCUGGACCCCGCAGCUCUGGGAUCUCACUGGCUUCUCCUAUGAAGACCUGGUGCCUUGCGUCUUGAGCCUUCAUAAAAAGUGCUUCCACGAUGAUGCCCCCAAGGACUAUAGGCAGGUUUCUCUGACUGCUGUGAAGCAGCGAUUUGAGGAUAGGCGCUACGAGGGGAUCAGUCAGGAAGAGGUGAUUAGCUACGGCCAGUUGUGCACAUUGUUAGGCGUGAAACAGGAGAACCCAGAACCUGUGUCUCUUCUCAGCACGGGGGAAAUUCACGCCUUUCUCACCUCUCCCUCCGGGAGGGCCAAACGGAAGCGGGAGAACAGCCUGCAGGAGGACCGCGGCAGCUUCGUGACCACCCCCACGGCCGAGCUCUCCAGCCAGGAGGAGACGCUGCUGGGCAGCUUCCUGGACUGGAGCCUGGAUUACUGCUCCGGCUACGAGGGUGACCGGGAGAGCGAGGGCGAGAAGGAGGGCGACGUGACGGCUCCCAGCGGCGUCCUCGAUGUCACCGUGGUCUACCUGAACCCAGAGCAGCACUGCUGCCAGGAAUCGAGUGAUGAGGAGGCCUGCCCAGAGGAGGAGGCCCUCCAGCGCCCACCUGCCUCAGCGCCAAGCCCGCAGACCCCGCAGACCCCAGGGCCCGAGCCCCCUCCCUGCAGCAGGCAGGGGCCAGGCAAGGACACCUCGACCUCAGGGUACUCCUCCAUCAGCAGCAGCGUAAGUCCUACCAGCUCCGGGGACGGCGGCCCCCUCCGACCUACCUCAGCGCUGUCCCUGGGCAACAACUCGAAGCCGCACCCCUGCCGCUGUAACGCCAGGAAGUCAUGUUUACAGUGCUGCCCCCCUGAGCCCCUGGAGAGCAGCGGGCCCCGACCACAGGCAAAGCGGAAACACAAGACGGAGCACAGUGGCGGAGGCGUGACCUUGGGCUUCCCGACGCUGUGA